UGAACUGUUCAGAUUAAAAAGAAAAAGCUUAAGGUGUUUCAACACAAAGCUCCUCUGGGGCUUUAUAAAGAGAGGCGGCUUUUGGGGAGGGUCACCUGUUGUGCUCCACGAGCGCUGUGCUGCAGGAGCAUCGAUGUCCUCCUCCAACAGCUCCCAGGCACCUCCCAAUGGGACCCCGGGGCCUUUCGAUGGCCCCCAGUGGCCCUACCAGGCCCCACGGAGCGUGUACAUGGGGGUGGCCGUGCUGAUGGGCACGGUGGUGGCCUGCGCCUCGGUGGUGAACGGGCUGGUCAUCGUGGUGUCCAUCCGCUACAAGAAGCUCCGCUCCCCGCUGAACUACAUCCUGGUGAACCUGGCCCUGGCCGACCUGCUGGUGACGCUCUGCGGCAGCUCCGUCAGCCUCUCCAACAACAUCAAUGGCUUCUUCGUGUUCGGCAGGAGGAUGUGCGAGAUGGAGGGCUUCAUGGUCUCCCUGACAGGUAUUGUAGGGCUGUGGUCACUGGCCAUCCUGGCCUUGGAGCGUUACGUUGUGGUCUGCAGACCCCUGGGAGAUUUUCGGUUCCAGCGGAGGCAUGCAGUGAGCGGCUGUGCCUUCACGUGGGGCUGGGCACUGCUCUGGAGCACCCCACCACUGCUGGGCUGGAGCAGCUACGUGCCUGAAGGGCUGAGGACAUCGUGUGGGCCUAACUGGUACACGGGUGGCAGCAACAACAACAGCUACAUACUGACCCUGUUUGUCACCUGCUUCGUCCUCCCGCUCAGCCUGAUCCUCUUCUCCUACACAAACCUGCUGGUGACGCUGCGAGCGGCCGCAGCACAGCAGAAGGAAGCUGACACCACGCAGCAGGCGGAGAGGGAGGUGACGCGGAUGGUGAUCGUGAUGGUGAUGGCCUUCCUCCUCUGCUGGCUGCCCUACAGCACGUUUGCCUUGGUAGUGGCCACCCACAAGGGCAUUGUCAUCCAGCCGGUCCUUGCCUCCUUGCCCUCAUAUUUCUCCAAGACAGCCACCGUGUACAAUCCCAUCAUCUAUGUCUUCAUGAACAAGCAGUUCCAGAGCUGCCUCCUGGAAAUGCUGUGCUGCAGUUACCAGCCCCAGCGGACAGGAAAAGCCUCACCGGGGACACCCGUACCCCACGCAGGUGUCCCUGCUGCACGGCUGCAGAACAAAGUGAUGCCAGCACGUCCCGUGUGAGCACUGCCCGUUCCUCCUGCAAAACCUCCGCUUCAGCGCAGCACGUCCUGCACAGCCUCACCAACACGGGCACAAUGAAGGGCUGGGGAGCAGUGCUCCGAGGGGACCCAACAGCCCAGAAAAGCACAGCAUUACCUUCUCCUGUCAGAACAGCCCCCGGCAUGGGGUGAAGUGCAAGCCUUUAUUUCACCCCUCUCCUCC